AUAUCGUCAUGGUUAUAAUAUCUGUACAGGAAAUAGUGAGCGUGAUCUGACCAACUUUGGCCAUUUCAAACCAAUGAAAUCAAUCCUUGUUAUGAAAACUGGAUCAACUGACGCAAUCUGGCAGAUGGGAGUUGGUAAUUUCUCCAAUCAGGUACCUAGACCGUCUGACAGCUGAGAACACUGCAACGAUGGCAUCUUCAGCGUUUCAGAAAAUAUUAGUGAUCAUAGCACUUGUUGAAGCACUUUCAGCUCAUUCGCUUGAAGAAGAGCAAGUUGUCCAGAGGCCUCUUCUUUCAGAGUCACCGUGCACAUCUGAACCAUUAGGCAUGGAGAGUGGUGCCAUACCAGACAGUGCUAUUACUGCCUCAUCUGUCUACGCCUCUUCGUAUGUCCCAACUAAGGUUCGUCCUAAUUCUGGAUCUUAUUGGGUCCCGAAACCCAAUGAAAAUCAGUGGAUCCAGGUGGACCUGAGCAUUCAUACUGCGGUCACUGGCGUGGUCAUGAACGGAGUCAGUAGUGGGGGGAACUAUAUCAGAACCUUCACUGUUCUGUACAGCGAAAGUGGAAGAUCGGAUGACUGGGCGAAACUGGCUGAUGUAGAAGGCAAUGCCAUUCAGUUUGCAGGAAAUAAUGGAUCAAGACAACAAGUGACCGUCACAUUCCCUGUGAUAGUGGUAGCAAGAAUUCUCCGCUUAUUACCAACUUCUUGGAGUGGGAAUAUCUUUUUGAAUUUGGAGUUGCUGGGGUGUCGAGGUCUUGAUGGCAUGGUUCGCUUAGUGGACGGUGAUAGGUUACUCUCCGGUCGAGUAGAAAUCUACCACGACGAUACCUGGGGUGCAAUAUGCGACAACGGUUGGGACAUGAAAGAGGCAAGCAUCGUCUGUCACAUGCUGGGCUUCUUGGAGACAGAGGAAGCCACUGCGGUAUCCUUCGAGGAAAGCGAGGAAGUCCCCAUCGUGAUGAACCGCGUUUCCUGCAAAGGAACCGAAAAACGCCUGGCUGACUGCCCGUUCCUCUGCACAGGAACCCAGCAGUGUAACAGUUCACGCGCAGCCGGGGUAACAUGCAAACCAAAUGUUAUUCGGCUGGUCGGUGGUUCGAACCACACCAGUGGCCGGGUCGAAAUCUACCAGGCUUACAAAUGGGGCACUCUGUGCGACACGGACUGGGACGUGACGGAUGCGAACGUUGUCUGUCGCCAACUGGGUUUCUCUGGCGCAGAGGAGGCCAAGUCUGGUGCCCACUUUGGUCAGGGAGAGGGUCCCGUGUUCAUGAACGGUCUGGCGUGUGAUGGGUCAGAGAGCAAGAUUACCGACUGUCCCUCCUUCUGCUGGGAGGAUAUCAGAUGUAACCACACCCACGAUGCGGGCGUGGUCUGCCGACAGGGGGAUGUUGAAUAUGAUUCUAGACGUGAAAUAAGCCAUCCCUAGUAAAUGGUUACACCGGAUGAAGAGCACCCUGUAGAAGUCAUCGCAGCUUCCAGCAUUAAGCAUAAUCAGCUUAGACUUAUUAGAAGUAACUAGUAAUUUGAAAGUUAUCGAUGGCCAUAAUAUAUAUCGCUCAAUAAACAGGGCAACAUGUUUAAACCGAAAUGAUAAUAAAUAUGCCUCGUCUUAUGUUAGUAACGCCGGCCUUAAUAAUAUUGAUUUGACUUUGCAUCGGGGAAAUGGUAUCAUUUAUAUAGGUUUUGUAUGUGCACUGAUGCACAUAUUCACAUCGCAUUUUCAAAAUUACAAGCUAACUCGGACGGGAUUCGAAGCCCACGAGUUCUUUUAAUACCGACGUCUUAACCAUUCAACCACCGAGUUUGUCAGGAACGGGAGGCUAAAGUUCGAAUUAUGCACCAGCAGCUCCCAGAAGCAGCCAGAGGGCGCUGCAAGAAGGCAGCAGGCGAACAGCUCUGCCGCUGAUGUACUUGAUUCGAGCUAGCCACCCCGUUGUACGUCGAUGUAAAGGUGGAUUAAUUGUGACCUUCUGUUUUAUUUCAACGCAGUCACAUAUCGUUUCCUUCACUGUGAAAAACUGUUCAGCUAACAGAAUGUAACAAGAUUUCAACGAUUUUUCUCCCAGUAAAUGCUACCAUGAUCACGAUCAAAAGAUUUUAAAAUGUCUAUACUGCAGAAAAGUGCAUAACAUACAAAUUCAGGGCUGCUUGCAGUAUGAGUCUUAUGGUGCCUUAAGGAUGCAUUAGUGUACACAGUAAUUAAUUAAGAAACAUUUGAGCGCUAGAAACACUA